AUGAAAGUAGGUCCUUCGCCUUUAUCAUUUUGUGGUUUACUUGAAGACCCUGGAUGCACCCCACCAAAAGAUAUGUGGAGUAUGACUGUUGAUCCAGAGGAAGCUCCUAAUACACCUGAACAUAUUGUAAGAUGA